AUGAUAUUACCACAUAUAUUCCUUAAAAACACAAAUGUGAUAUCUGCAGCCACAGAUAUCGUAUUUCUGCCGAGGGUAGAGAAAUUGUUACAACGAAACAGCUCAUCUCGAUUACACCGAAUACUCAAGAAGUUCAUGCAUCCUUACGAAAUAAAACAGUUCGAGACGCUAGUAAACAGCGGCUCAUCGCUAAAACAUAAAUCAAUAUACAUAGCUGGAGUAUGGGCUUCAAAGGAAUCAUUAUUCAAAACCCUGCCUCAUUCAUCCGACCGACCUUCUGCCAUUGAUAUCUAUACUAAGCUAGCAUUCAAAUCAAAUGAUCCGGAUGGGAAACCUAAUUUGAACCUGGACCAAAAAAGGUUUUCAACCGGGGAACAUAAUAUUACGUACUGGAAUGAAUAUUUGCAUUCAACAAGGUACGAAAUAUCAAUUUCCCACGAUCAAGAUUACUUAAUUUGUAUUCUUCUUCAUCUUCGAGAUGCCAACCUUAAUAAAUGGUCGGUUUAA